GGCAGCAUUGAACAUACCAGCCCUUCUCUGCGUUUCAGUGUGGGAAUCAGAUCUCUAACUGCUGUGAUGCUUUUAAUGUUCUCUAAUUUCCAGUGCGGGGGGAGGGGGAGGGGGAGGCAAAGGCAAAGAAUGACCAGGAGCCCCUCUUAGAUUCAAGGUGCCGCUGAACCUGUAGCCACCCUGUUCUAUGUGCCUAUCUCUCCUAUUAGCGUUAUAAUGGCUCUGAGGAAAAAACAUGCAUAAGUCAUCUGGAAAAACCAAAUUGUAUAGCAAUGCCUGGUAACUUUACUGUGAAUAUUUCCUGAAAAAGCAUGACAUUUUAGUCGUUAGCCUUUGGGGAAUGCGUGAGGUGUCAUUCUGCUAUGUCCAGGUGGGUGACAAAACUGACCUGCAGGAACCUGGGAAUAAGAGGUUAGGACCUUUUUAUUUUUUAAACCCAUGUGUAGACAAAACACACUUUAACAACCUUCUUUUGAAUCCACUCACCUCUGGUGUUAAAAAAUACAAAUCUUACCAUAAAUGUACAUCUUUGUGGUUAUAUCUAAUAAUAACAGCACAUGAAUUUGUGGAUUUAAACUUCUGAACUCAGUAGCAGAAUUACAAUGUAAAUCUCAUCGUACAGAGAAUAGUGACAGUUUGGAUCUGCACGUAUAAUACAAAUAGUCAUGUGAAACAUGAGUGCUUAGCACCGCACACUCCCAAUUCUUCCUGAACAUUGAACUUGCCUUCUUAAUUUGUUAACAUCCUGGUGUAAAUUCUAAAUAGGCUUCCUAGGAAGACUCCAUUGGAGAAUCUUCUCCCAGCCCCCAAAUGAUCCAAAGUCACUCAUAUUUUAUUCAGACUUACAUAAAUCACUUAUGGAAGGGACUCAGCUUCUCCACCGUAUUUGUGUGUACAGGUUUCCAGUUCAAAAAAGAAAAAACUUACAGAAAUUAGAUUUCACGAAGGAAAGAGCCAAGAUAAGACAACUAUGCCGUGUUUCAAGUUCAAAUGUGUAACUGAUAGAAUUGCGUGUGUUGGAAUCAAUACUAACAAGUAGAAACACUGAAAUCCUUAACCAAAAAAGCUACAACAAUAAGUUAUUAAUAUGUAAACAAACUCUUAGGAACAUAAAACAGCACAGGGCCCAUAUAAUGUCCUAUUAAACAAAGGUAAUUGCUUCUAGGGGCCUACAAAUGCUUUCUUAAGAGGAGUGGAUUUGUCAACCCUCCUCUGGUUUUAUGUAAUAAAAGUUCAACAGACAAAAAGCUUGGGUCUUAUUCCCAGAAUCCAGCACAAAAGUGAAUGUGAAUUUCAAGCUGGAAACCACCACUGCAGUCAACGAGAAAGGGCUACUGACCGAGAAAAAGCUAUAUAACUCGCGUGCUCCUGGAAUAGCAUUUACUGAAACAACUGUCUUUUAUCAUAGGUUAAGAAAUUAGACCAUUUAUGAGAGUCUCCCAGGGAAUCUGUCAUCGUGAGGCUUGAUAGCUUGUUUGGUUGCCGAGUUUGAGGGGUGAUAGAACAGCUUCGUUUGUUAAAUCAGGGCAGCCCUAAAUUUUUUGAUGACUCAAGAGCAAAAUAAAUGGUAUGUCCCACUAUUGCCUUUUAGAGAAUUAAUCAAACACCUCUUUUUUUCUUCUUCUAAUAAUGUUUACUAAGUCCUUGCUGCUGCCUCUUUGCAGGGAGGACAGUGUAAAAGAGAAGUGGUAGGUCAUUUAGCAGCCCAAGUCAUUUGGGUCCUCCUUCCAGCCACUGACAUGGACACUUCCCCCUGUCUGUCAGAAGGCCUUGCUUCAUUGUUCAGUGAGGUUGGGACAGAAUUUAGGAUCUCCAAGAGAAGCCCGAACAAAGAAUGGAGUCCUGGCUGCCAAGAGCCGCUCUGUUAGCCAGAGGACAUUGUCUCUUCAGUGAAGCUGUUUCCCCUUCCCCUGGUGUUUUUCCUUCUGUUACCUGGAAGUGGACCCUCCGUAUAACACGUAGGUAAUCACAGUCUCCCAGACAGCAGGAGAUUCACCCUUUCCCCAAAACAUUACAAGCUGUAUAAUUUGGAGAAGGAAAACGUGAAGUAGACCUUUGGCGUAUGUUUGAAAGACAAUCAGUCUUCAGAAAGCAGACCUGACAUCACUCCUUGUGACAGUUCUUUAAAUGGCAAAGUGGGAUAGUGGAGGUUCAGGUCUUGUAAAGGAAUUGGCAGCUAAUAAAGGUGCUGAGGCCUCUCUGCCUUCACCACUGAUCUCUGGCCCAUAGGUCUUUUUGCUUUAGUAUCAAAUCCUUUUCCCCCUUGAACUCACUCUUCACCCUGCCUCGAGCCUUAGGACCAAGUGGAGACACUGAGCCCCCCUGGAAGUGGCCUGGUCCACCUGAGUUAAGCAGGGGCCCAGCGCUGCAUCACAGAGCAGAGAGGCUCCCAGUCUCCCGCAGGCCCCAGGCAGGGGCGCGAACUGGAGAGGAGGGCAGUGGUGUGCCUCCUGGAAAGUUCUGCCUUGUGUCUGGGCCUCACCGAGGAAAGAGUUGCCGGCUGCCUCUGGCCCUGAAGCCCUGGCUCCUGUUUAAUAUUCUGCCUGCUCCGUUGAUGUUGUGCUUGGCUCCUGUGGGGCUGCAACUCCCGGCUUGAAACUGGAGCCAAUUUUCUGUCUUCAUCUCACAGUGUUUUGACUGGAGGCAGAUCCAGUUCAGGCCGAUCAGGGCUGGUGGAAACAACUACCAAGUGUGUGUCUGUCUGCUUCGUUUUGGGAAAAGAAAGUGGAGGGAGCCCCGGAAUGUUGUAGAGGAGCUGGCCCAGCCGAAAGGAGACAAGAGGGCCAGCCACACAGACCAAACCUGAGCGCAUCAGUAGGGAUUAAUGGUGGAGAUUUCUGCCUCCCCACCCUUUCCUUUUGAUUGAUUAGCGGAUUUCAUCAAAGGAGACUCUCUGGGGACUGACUAGAAAAUUGAUUUUGCCUUAUUAAUAGAAAGGAAGCGCAAGGGUCCGGGACUUGCCUCUUAGGGGUACAUUUUGUGCGGGAAGGUCAGGGGGAAAAUGUGUUAGGAGGCAAAGCAGCUGUCUCAAAGAGGGCUGAGGGGAAUCUGAGAACAAUAAGAAAUGGGAUUUUAAAGAUCCGCCCAUGAAAUGCAGAUUGCCGAACACAGAGGCUGAGCUAAUAGCAGCAAGAGAGUUUGCCGAGGUUUUCUUUGAAAAAAUAAUCAAAUGUUUCAGGGUGAAGGGGAGGACUGAGAAGUGAAAGUUUCCCAAAGCGAAGGAAUGAAAAUGCCAAGGCCAUUCCCUGGCUUAUUCUUGAUUAGGGCUGUUUUCUUUCUUUCUUUCUUUCUUUUUUCUUUCCUCUUUUUUUUUUCUUUUUCUUUCUUUCUUUUUUUUUUUUUUUUUUUAGAUCUGAGGCUGUCAGAGAUGACUCUGGUUCUGUCCAUGAAUAGAUUCUGCGAGCCCAUUGUCUCGGAAGGAGCUGCUGAAAUUGCUGGGUACCAGACACUAUGGGAGGCUGACAGCUACGGAGGCCCAAGCCCCCCUGGGCCAGCACAGGCUCCUCUGCAGGGAGACCGGGGAGCCGGUCCCCCGCUGGCAGGAUCACAUUACAGGGGAAUUUCAAAUCCUAUAACAACAUCCAAGAUCACAUACUUUAAGAGGAAGUAUGUGGAAGAAGAGGAUUUUCACCCACCACUCAGCAGCUGUAGCCAUAAAACCAUCUCAAUUUUUGAGGAACGAGCCCACAUCCUUUAUAUGUCAUUAGAAAAGCUAAAGUUUAUCGAUGAUCCUGAGGUAUACCUGCGAAGAUCUGUCCUUAUAAACAAUUUGAUGAAAAGGAUCCAUGGAGAAAUCAUCAUGCAGAGUAACUGGUGCUUUCCUGCCUGCUCUUUCAAUGGCACCUCUGCUCAAGAGUGGUUCAUGGCUCAAGACUGUCCCUACCGAAAACGACCACGGAUGGCCAAAGAGGAGUGUGAAAAAUUUCAUGCCUGCUGCUUUUACCAAGAAUGUGGUGGUCACUACCUAAAUGUACCCCUUUCUGUCCAUGCUAGCGUUGGAAGUGCCUCCACCACUGUCCCCUCUUCCUCCUCAUCCUCCUCUUCCUCUCCCCCUCUACCUUUACCGAGUUGUUCCCACCAGGUGGAUUUUGACGUAGGCAGCGCACCUAUUUACAAGGGUGAUGGCCAGAUACCUGCCAAUGAAAUCUUUGUUACUAAUGUCAGGUCGCUAGGUGUUCAGGAAAAGGCCACCUUAAGUGAUGAGAAAGCAAAUCAUGACACCAACAGGGAUGGUGGCCCCAUAAGCCAUGAACCUGUGGGAAAUGACCUGGCUUUUGAGUGCAAAGGCCAAUUUUAUGAUUAUUUUGAGACUGCAUAUAAUGAAAAAAGCAAUGUGAGCGAGUCUUGGAAAAAAUCCUUAAGGAAAAAGGAGCCUUCACCAAGUAACAAACUGUGCUGCAGCAAAGGGAGUAAAAUAUGAGCCAUCUUUUCACCGAAACUCUGAAGCAUGCACAGCAUGAUCAAUUAGCUCUCAUAAAUUUUAUUUUGAAUGGAUUUUAUAGUUUUGUACAACUGAUAAAAUUAUGCCAUGAACAUGCCGUGUCGUUUUAAUGCCUGGAGAGCAGAUUGCAUAAAACAUCUGUAUAGUAGGCAUCAGCGAGCUACUACUUAUAAAUGUGGUGAUUUUGCCCAAAAACCAGCUGACUUAAUGCUUAAAAGUAGACCUUACUUUUCUUAUGGAAAAGGUCAGUAGAUUAGCCUGGGGGCAGUGUGCCCUUGUGAUCUUUCCAUUACCCCCAAGGAAUCUGUCACUAGCUAGGAAACUUCCAACAUGUUCGCCAACUAAUUAGGUAGUUAUUUGGUAAGCAGACCAAAACAACCAGCAAAAGAUGCCUGCUUCUACGUGACUAUUGUUUUUUCUGAAUAAAAGACUGAAGACAGGGAGCUAGAUGAAGUGGCCUCGUGGUGCCGUUAAGUAUUUAUAUUUAACAGUCUUGCGUGACAGAUGAAAAGAGGAUGGAACAUAAUGAAACACCAGUCUUGGGGUGGCAAUCAACAAUAUGUGUAGAGGGGUGAUCCCUGCAAGUUCCUGGCUUGCCUGUGAUGGGUGAUUCGGCUGUUAAAGAGAGGUGUUAUACAGGGCGAUUUUUGGUGCCUUACUUUAUCUUAAUUUUUGCCAAUGUGCAAAUUAAGGAUAAAUCAGAGUUACAGCAGGGAUUUAACAAACAGGAAAAAAAAAAUACACAGGGUGGAUCAAUAUCGUUUGGAAACCGUUAACUUCGAAACUAUUGCGUUCAACUUUUGAUUCAACAUCUCUAUCCUUUCUUUGUUUUUGAUGCCCAAUUGCUUUUGGAUUUGGCAUUUUUAGAAAGGGAUGGGGGCAACAAUAGAGCUGUUAGAAGCCAGCACUAAGCUGCUUGAGCUUUUUCUAUGGCAACGGUCUGUUGCUGGGGUUUGGGUUUUUUGGGUUUUGGGUUGUUUAGUUUUGUUUUGUUUUCUUGUCCAAUGCAGUUCAUGAACCAGUGGCAUGCAUUAUACUUUAAUCUGUUUUGCAUCAUUUCACUCGUUUAGAUUAUGAAAGCAUGUGGUUUUUUAUAUAUGACUUUUGCUGUUGAUUAAGAAGCACAAUGUUAAUAAAUGAUGUGGUGAUCAAUAAGGUUUUAUCUUAAAGAAUGUAAAGAUUUUCGUUUUUGGAAAGUUAUUUUGGAGAAAUGGGACUCAGCUGGCAAUAGCUACCAUGUAUUUGGUCAACAUGUUUCUCAGUGAUUUCUUUAAUUUGCACGUUUGCAAGAGCGUGUUCAGAGUGCCCCUCUGACCGUCUGCCCUUCUGCAGCCAACUUCUUCCGCGCUGUAUUGCAGUUUCCAAGGUUGCUAGUUGACUUGGGCCUCCUUAAACAAUACUUCACAGGAACCAAAUGCCAAACGGAGGAAAGAAGUACGUCCUCCCAGUUUCUCCAAGAUAAAGCUUUUUUAUUAUUGCUAUUAAUAUUAAAUAUAGGUCUCAUUCAUACAGUGUAUGAGUAGGAUCAUUUGGACAAUGUCCACAAGGACCAAUUUUUAAAACAUGUUCUUGUGUUAUGGCUAAAUAGUCUAGUAAUGUUUUGUCCUUUAUUUUCAAUAUUUGAUAAACAUUUGAUGUUGAAAACUUAGAUGAUAGAUGCUUGUAUAUGACUGUGUUGUUGUAAUAAAGUGAGGUUUUCUUGAUAUAUAUUUAUUAAAAUGAUCAAAAUUCA